AUGCUUUGGCUAUCCCAAUCGGAGACGCUGACCGUGGCGUCGUCGUUUAUUCGAGGCACAAAACUAUGGCAGUGGCUCCUCUUGGCCGGGGGCAUUUUUCUGAUUUGGACCACCCUCGUUGCCAUAUAUGAUGUUUUCUUUCACCCUCUGGCCAAAUAUCCUGGACCAAGGCUGGCGCGCAUAACAGAUACAUGGGCGGCGUAUUAUUACUCCUCAGGGAAAUGGCCAUGGGUCGUCGAACGGACCAUAAAGAGAUACGGUGACAUUGUUCGGAUUGGGCCAAACUCACUGGUUUUCCUGGAGCCUCAAGCGGCAAUUGAUGUCCAUUGUGCGAAAAGAGACCUGAAAGAUACCUUCAUCAAGACACCGCUGAUGGACGGCCUUGGCGACGAGGAUGACGGACUGCUCUGGGAGAGGAAUCCCGAAAAACACCGUGCCGUCUCCAAGAUGAUGUCUCCUGCUUUCAGUGGCAACUCUUUGAGGGCAAAAUUACCUACCUUGAACAAACACAUUGACUUGAUGAUAUCGCAAAUGAGGGCACACGGCCAAGAAGAAGCAGGACUCGAUGUCAGUCAGUGGUUUACGUGGCUGGCCAUGGACUCUGCCGUGGACCUUGCCUGUGGAUGGGAGCUGCAUGAGCUUCGAGACAUGAAGAGUCAUGCCUUUCUCGAGGGUAUGGAUGCAGGCUGCAUGCUGGCCAUUGUCCUAUCCACAACGAAGAUCGCCCCAAUUCUAACACCGGUCGUGAUGCUGCUCACACCCUGGCGACUUAUGCGUGUGUUUCCGCAAAUGAUCUCGAGCCUGAGGGCCAUGGUAACCGAUCGCAUCGAGAGGCGAAACAAUCUCAAGCACCCAGAUUUCUGCGAACAGCUUCUACCGCCGACGAAAGAGUCAGAGAUGAAGGGCGCGCAGAUGCGACACAUCGGGACCGUCAUAGGGCAGCUGAUCAUUGGAGGCUAUGACACCACGUCCGUGACAACGUACAUGAUGUUCUACUUCAGUCUGCGUCACCCUGAGGUGUUGGAAGAGCUGAAGCGCGAAAUCCGAAGCAACUUUUCCCGCUACGAGGACCUCACUGCUGAUAAUCUCCGGGGCUUGCCUUGGCUCAAUGCUUGCAUGCAGGAGACUCUGCGAGUCGUCACAGUAGCUACGCAUCAUUCACUGCCGCGAAUCAGUCCGGGAGCCAUGGUGAACGGUACAUAUGUUCCCAAGGGAGUCAUAGUCCGUACUUCAUUGUUCACUUAUAACCGUAGUGAUCGCUUCUUCCAUGACCCAGCAAGCUUCAGACCCGAGCGCUGGCUGUCGCCCAACCACCCAAAGUACGACUCCGUGUUUGCUAGCGACGAUCACCGAGGCUACAUGCCCUUCAUUAUGGGCCCUAGGCAGUGUCCGGGACGAGAGCUUGCCAAGAUAACGUUCCGCCUCGUAGUUUCCAAGCUCCUAUGGUCUUUUGACGUGGAGCAGGUAUCCAAACAGCUGGAGUUUGACAAGGACUUUCGUGUUUACAGCAUCUGGAUGAAGCCUGAGCUCCGAAUGCGUUUCUUGCCCGUCAAGAGGGAUUCACAACAUGGGGCAGAGUGA